AUGUAUGCAUCCCAAUCCUGUUUUGACCUUUUCCGGUGUGUUGCUAGUUACGAUGUGGAAACAAUGGAAAAUGGACUACACAUCACCAUCCACGUGAGACGCAAGUUCAAUGAGAGCUUCGAAUUUAGACUUCUUAGCGGCAUAGUCGCACAGCAGUCUCAUGCAAGCGGUGGUGUACAUUGCCUCAACCACCUCGCUGUUGAUCUGGAUGUCUCUGCGCAGGAGGACCAACUCCUCCCGGCAAUGUCUGUCGUACACUUUUCUCCAGGUAUAGUACCCUUCCAUCAUACUAGUUUGCACAUCACUGUAGAAUCAAAAGACGUUGUACUGGUACAUAUUUGUAUGUAUUGCCGUUAUAUACCGUUUACACAUGGCAAUACUAUUGCUAUGGGAUGUGAGUCUAGUGAUCCAGAUAUAACCGCUGCGGAUCGAGAUUGCCAUGGGAAGAACUCCGGCGAUUGGAGAUGUGGUAAACGCCGAUAG